GUAAUGGGAGACUGCCUUCCGCAACUCCGGCCUGUACGUGAUCGGUACCAAAAUCAUCUCACCCACCCUAUUCGAACUUAUCCCCCUAUUUGCGCGCCUUACCGGUAGAAACAUCUAUACGUUGAUAAUUUGGCAGAUGGGCGCUAUUUACCAGAUUAGCGCGUGGUAUAGUGAGAGUAGCCUAGAGAACCUUCGUCGUCUUCUACAAGAACUUAAAGUGGAAGCAGAGCGCUGGGCGCGGUUGAAGGCACCGGCUGAUGAUGAUGGUGGUGAUGGUGGUGUAGCGGAGGACAUGGUUGGUGAGGAUGAAGACGACAUGGUUGAUGGAGACAAUAUGGUCGAUAAGGAUAAUGAAAACAUGGUCAAGGAAGAUGACGAGGAGGAUACCAUGCACUGUGUAUACUUGAACACAGACACGGAAGCAACUUUAUACCAUACCAAAAUUUGCUCCCAUGAACCUAUGCGCAACUUUGAAUUGCAAUACAACCCUGUAUUCCUGUACAUCCAUGCAAACACAGCGCAGAUCACCAUGACCAUCAUUCUUACAACAACCUCCAUAUUUUCCCCACUUCCACGCCUCGAAACGUAA